AUGGCGUCUCCUCUCCAGUUUGCCUACCGAACCCAGAAGGCCAUUGGCAUCUUUGAUGCCGCCCCGGCCUACCAGCCUCUCGCUGGGUUCCAGAAGCCGGAGGGCAACUUCCGGUGCUGCGACUACUCCCCCUGCGGCCGGUUCUUCGCCUGGGCGUCGCCCGAGGCCGUCAUCAUCGUCGACGCCAGCUCGGGUGCCGAGGUGCUGCGCUUACCGAUCCCCAACGUCUACGAGAUCGGCUUCUCCCCCCGCGGGACCUACAUCAUCACCUGGGAGAGGCCGGCAAAGGACGAGAACGGCGAUGCCACCAAGAACCUGAGGGUCUGGCCCAUCGUCGAGGACGGCGUCGACGCCGCCGAGAAGAGGCCCGUCGGCAGCUUCGUCCAGAAGCAGCAGGGCAACUGGAACCUGCAGUACACGGCCGACGAGAAGUACUGCGCCCGCCUCGUCACCAACGAGGUCCAAUUCCACCAAAGCCACGACCUGGUCACCGUCUGGAAUAAGCUCCGCGUCGAGGGGGCGACCAGCUAUGCCCUUGCUCCGGGGACUCAGAACCAUGCGGUGGCCGUCUUCAUCCCGGAGCGCAAGGGCCAACCCGCCGCCGUCAAAGUCUUCAACGUCCCGCUCUUCAACAGCCCGAUCUCGCAAAAGACCUUCUUCAAAGGCGACAAGGUCCAGCUCAAGUGGAACAAGCAGGGCUCCAGCAUCCUGGUGCUGGCCCAGACCGACGUCGACCGGUCGGGAAAGAGCUACUACGGCGAGACGACGCUGUACCUGCUCAGCACGAGCGGGGCGUUUGACGCCCGCGUGGCUCUGGACAAGGAGGGGCCGAUCCACGACGUGUCGUGGUCGCCCAACUCGCGCGAGUUCGGCGUCGUGUACGGCUACAUGCCGGCCAAGGCCACCAUCUUCAAUCACCGGGCCGUGGCGCAGCACUCGUUCCCGCUGGGACCGCGCAACACCAUCAUGUUCUCGCCCAACGGCCGGUUCGUGCUGGUGGCGGGGUUCGGCAACCUGGCAGGCCAGAUCGACGUCUACGACAUGCAGAAGGACUACCGCAAGAUCUGCACCAUCGAGGGCGGCAACCCCAGCGUGUGCGAGUGGAGUCCGGACAGCAGGUACAUCAUGACGGCCACGACGUCGCCGCGGCUCCGAGUCGACAACGGCGUCAGGCUGUGGCACGUCGCCGGCAGCGUCAUGUACAACGAGGACAUGGUCGAGCUGUACCACGUCCUCUGGAGACCCAUGAGCCCGGAGGCCCUCGCCAGCGCGGGGGGGGACCCUCUCACCCCCGUCCCGACCCCGCACGCCUCGGGGACGGCCUACCUGGGCACGGUAAAGACGCCGAGCAAGCCGGUGGGCGCCUACCGUCCGCCCGGCGCCCGCGGCCUGGCCACCCCCCUUCACUUCAAGCGCGAGGACGAGGGAGGUGCGGCCCACGUGGUCAGCAACGGCACGCAGAACAUCGGACCUAACGGCUUCGGAGGACGCGCCCGUCGUGGCGUCCCCGGCGCCGAGCCCGUCGACUCGUCGGCCGGUCGGACCGUUCCCGGCGCGGACCCGGCCCGCGAUGACGGCUCCAGCAACAACAACAACAAGAAGAAUAAGAAGAAGCGUGGCAAGAAGGGCGGACAGGGUGAGGGUAACGGUCAGCCCGAACCCAACGGUGGAGCCAGCCUCGCACCUCCGGAGAACCACCACCACCACAGCUCCAACAAUGGCAGCCCCGAACGUCGUUCCCGCAACAACAACAACAACAACAACAACAACAACAACAACAACAACAACAGCAGCAGCAGCAGCAGCAACAAUCAGCGCGGGAACAACCAGAGGAGCAGCAGCCAGCAGCAGCAGCAGCAGCAGGCCGCCGCCGCCGCUGAUGACGGUGUCAACACUGUGUCUUCCCAGGACCCGAAUGCCAAGAAGAUUAGAAGCCUGCAGAAGAAGAUUCGAGCCAUCGAGGACCUCGAGAUGCGUCUGGCCGGCGGGGAGAAGCUGGAGGAUACGCAGGUCAAGAAGAUGAAUACCAAGGCCGCCGUCGUCAAGGAGUUGGAGGGGCUCGGAGCUGAGGCGUGA